AUGAAUAAUGUUGAACGACCGUCAUCUAUCAGAUCAAAAAAACAGCUUCUUGCAGAACAUACCGAAAGGCGUUCUCUAAAACUCUGGCGAACACCGCUGAAAACAGCAUAUUAUUUUUUACUGGAGUGCUUUUAUCAAUGUGCUUCUCUCAUCCGAAACAUUUUACGACAUAAAUUCGCUACAUGUCUUUCGAUACUAACAUUUGUUGUCUUUUUAUCCGUCCGGAGCAUUGGAGGGCCUCUUCAAGAAAGCUUCAUUCAUGCAGAAAAAAGAGCCAUUUGGUAUGGUUGGUGGAUCCUUUUGGGUUUCUUGUCUUCAUGCGGGUUCGGUUCAGGAUUGCACACAUUUGUGUUAUAUCUUGGCCCUUUUAUCGCUCAAGUAACAUUAAGCGCCUAUGUAUGUCAUUCUCUUGAUUUUCCGGAACCUCCUUACCCCGAUGAACUCAUUUGUCCAACACUGAAUGGCACACAUAAGGAUGUAUCUUUCCUUAAAAUUGUUCACAAAACUGAAUUGGAGUCUGUUCUUUGGGGUCUUGGCACAGCAAUAGGUGAACUACCUCCGUAUUUUAUGGCGCGUGGUUCUAGGCUUUCGGGGAGUAUUAAUGCUGAUGAAAUUGAGCUGUCUCUCAAUAAUACGUCAUCUUCUUCGGAAGUGGAAACAGAUUCCAUUUUGCCGCAAACAUCAGAAAAAAGAUUGUCCAGCUUUCAGCGUGUGGAAGUUUUUCUUCAACGACUAGUCACCCGUGCAGGUUUUAUUGGCAUUUUGCUGUGCGCUUCGGUACCAAAUCCAUUUUUCGAUCUGGCGGGAAUGACAUGUGGUCAUUUUUUGGUACCCUUCUCGACUUUCUUCGGCGCCACCUGCAUCGGUAAGGCGUUCAUUAAAGCGCACAUUCAGCAGUUCGCUGUAAUCGCCGUGAGUUCGGAAGACCACAUCAAUCUUCUAGUCAAGUAUAUAGGGAAACUUCCGUUGUUAGGGAAGAGACUGCAACGGCCCUUCAUGGAGUACCUUGAGCACCAGAAGGAGAAGCUCCUGCAGAAGGGAGCUCCACCGAGGGAGGGUUGGAUCCAAUUUGCAAUCACUCUGAUAGUAACUGCAGCGAUGAUUGCUUUUAUACUCUCAAUAAUCAACGCUAUGGCACAGAGUUAUCACCGACGAAUGUGCAAACAGCAAACCAGUCAUGAAAAGACGAAACUGGUUUCAAAGAACUCUUUUUUUUGGACGAAAAAGAACGGUGAACGACAAAAGCCUAAAGACUUCGAGCAGCGUCAUCUCAGAUCCGUUUCCUCAUUACGUAGAAGGAUAGACAGUGGCGGCGGCGGCGGCGAGGAGGAGGAGGAGGAGGAGGAAGGAGACUUACCCUUUGUGGAAGCUUUGCUGGGUCGUCCACUGAGGGAGUAG